AUGGUCGGGGAGCUGGCGAUGGGCCACGCGGGGUCCAUGGCCCGCUCCACCUCCGCCAUGUCCAUGUCCUCGCGGCACGGCAGCCCGCGGCUCAGCGCAAAGCCGUCGCAGGUGAAGUGGCAAGACCAGGAGGGCGACGUCUUCGCGCUUUCUGGCACGUGA